AUGAAUUCAGCAAAUGAAAAUCAACUUGAAGUUCAACAAUCAAAUCGAAACUGCAGUCAUCGAUCGAUCGAUUUAUCUGAAUUCGAACCUAAACCAAUUCAUCAAUCAACUACUACUAACACAGCAGAUGAUAGACCCAUCGCAUCAGCUAAUGCAACUCAACCUCAACUUAUCAUUCAUUCAUCACCACGUACUCCAUUCACUCCUAUUAAAAAACAUUCUUAUCAUUCAUUCACUCCAAAUAACACUCCUAUCAAAUCAAACAAUACCCCAAUCAAAUCAUACACUCCAGUCAAAGCAAACAAUACCCCGAUCAAAGCAUACAACACUCCAGUCAAAUCAUAUACUCCCAUCAGACAAAGUAUCAAUCCAAACACCCCAAUCAGACAAAGCAUCAAUCCAAGCACUCCAAUCAAAUCCACCCAUACUCCAAUCAGACAAAGCAUCAAUCCACAACUAAUCUUACUCCAAUCCGAUUCCAUCAAACCCAAAGCAAGACUAACUCCCGAAGCGAUUCCCCGAAAAAAGCCAAUCUUACCAGGCGCACCGAAUCCGAUCCAUGUGAACUCAUCACAUUCGCAACCGAUCUUUUCACCAUCUUACCAACCAUCUUCUUCAUCUAACACCAGACCUUCUUUAAUUCAUUAUGAUGAUGAGGGGGAAACAGAUGAAGAUGACCUGAACCCUAGUUCGGGUCAUCAGAAUGUUUUGGUGGCUAUUAGGUUAAGGUACAUUGAUCAACCGUCAAGAUCGGUUUGGAGUUUUAGUGAAGCUGAUGCUCAGAUAUGGGAAACUAAUUCAUCAGGUCCUAAUCAUGAUUCUACUUUUGGUAAAUCUCUUAAACCCAAUUCCAUUUCAUUUUCUAAAGAUUAA